GUUUUUGUCUCUGCGCAUGCGCACAUCCAUAUUGAACGCUGGAACUGUUGUCAACAUGUCCACCGCUUCAGCUCCUCAAAACAAUAACGAAGAGCCUGGGCUUCAAGGCUCCUGGGUAGAGCUGGAGCUGAAUGGAAACACAGAGGCACAGGGUGCUCAGACAGACCUGCUAAUGGCUCCGGCUGCUGCAGACCAAAUAAAUGCAAAUGCAGGCAUGAGUCAAAGUGUCCAGACCUUAGACGUGGCCGAAAGUGACGAAACCCUGAUUGGAGGUUUGGAGCAUGUGCCGUCCACCUCUUCUAUCCACAACGGGGACAUGGAAAAGAUCCUUCUGGAUGCACAGCACGAGUCCAGCCCAAGUAACUCAUCAUGUGAAAGUCCUCACAGGCCUCCAAGUCCAGGACAGGAUGAAGGACAGAUCAUGUUUGAUGUAGAGAUGUCCAGCCCAAGAGACAGUCAGUCAGAGGACGACAGCGCAGAGAAAGACAAAGAAGACGACAUCCUGAUGAACAAAGAAGUAGACUGGGUUGCCGACUGGUCCAGUAGACCUGAAAAUGUUCCACCGAAGGAGUUCCACUUUAGGCACCCUCGACGCUCAGGAUCCCUGAGUAUGAGAAAGAGUGGAGUCAUGAAGAAAGGAGGCAUCUUCUCAGCCGAAUUCCUCAAAGUGUUCAUCCCAUCCCUGCUCAUCUCUCACAUCCUGGCUCUCGGCCUCGGGGUGUACAUUGGUAAGCGAAUCGCCGCAGCCUCCACCAGCUCCUACUGAACCCAAACUGAAGCAGUGCCUGGAUGUCCUCCUGCCUCCUCCAAGCCUAACAUCCAACCUCUUCCUCCUCCUGUAGUCGCGCUUUCUCACUGUCUGCAUCUGUCGUACGCCCCACACUUCUCCUCCAAUCAGUGUUGACUGGUGUCACAUUGUAGUUGUAGUCGUACUCACAGGGGGGUGUCCGGAUUAUUUUACACACAGUUACCGACUUGAAUCUGAGUCGAAAAAUACACCACCUGGACUCGAUGGCAGGUCGUUUCAAGAUAAAGUCACUGAUAUGGUCUUUUUUUUUCCCCCAACGAGCUAAACAAAAGCUGAACGUGCAGAUAAAUAUUGUGAGCUUUAACUACAGCACAAACUAUCUGACUAUGGUGAACAAAAAUACUUUUUUUUGUUGUUGUUCUUCCAGAUUUUUGUCAUUAACAUUUCAGAUACUGAAUAAUGCUGCACCUUGAGAGCCCGUUUGAAAAUUCUGCACAUUUUUUGAGGGUAGGAGUUGGAUCACGUCGACCCCAGAGGACUUCUGAUAAAAGCUUUAUUUUCUGAAGGUUGGAAAGCUUAAAGGUCAGUGUAUCUUUUGAAUCUGUGUAUCAUUUGUUCUUUCUAUUUUCAGUUGCUAAUCAAAAGUCAAAUAAUGAAAAAGUGACUGGUUAUUUUGUGUUUCUUUUUAUUUUUUAAAACCAAAAACGAAAAACCGUCUGUUUUUUCAUAUUUCGUUUUUAUGCUCAGAUCAAAAACACAAAAUGGAUAAAGAACGAAUGAUACACAGAUACAAUCGAUACACUGACCCUUAAACAAUCAGUUGCAUAGCUUCAAAAAUUUUGACUCUAAAGUUAUUGGAGUAGUUUAUGAUAGUGGAACCUAGAGCGGAAGGCAGUAAACCAGGCCAUAUGCUAUUUUUAUGCACCUACAUAUCCUGUUGUUAAAUGUAAAAAAUAACAGCAGCAGCCAAGUGCCAAAUUAUUUCUUUCACUACCGCACAUUAGUGAUUUAUCUUAGGCUUUUUUGUUGUUGUUGUUGUUGUUGUUUCUUUUCAUGUUUAGGUAUUUUAAAAAAUGCACAUGUGAAGAAUAAUUGAAGCUGUGAUCCGCCCUGUCUCACGUUGUAUCUUUUUGUUAUUACAGUGGUAUUAAUGCAUAUUGUACCUUGAUGCUGUGGCAGUGUAACUAAUGUGUUUUUGCUGUUGCUCAGUGGCAGAAAUUACCACCACAGAUUCAAGUAUUUCCAGGGCUUCUUUUGAAAAGUGUCGACUGACUCUCUUGUAGAUUUCACUGUACAUUAGUCUCACAUGUUAAAAGUUGAAUCAUGUGGAUAUGUCUGUGAAGCAUCCGGCAUAAAACUAUAGACAUCUGGAGGAAGAUGCAUGCUUUUUUCUGUAUAUUAAUGCUGAUUGCAUAACUCCUUCCAAGCUGUUUGUAGAUAAACUGCAUUCUAACCAUAUAUACAGUAUAAAAAAGAUUCUAUACAACAAUG